GGGGCUCCCAGCAUCAUCACCACCGGCCAUCACUGCUUCAUUGUACGAGCUGCUGCUGCUGCUGCUGCUGAUCCAGACAGAUCAGAGAGGAGGGAGCCGAUCCGAACUAAUAAACCACCAUGGGUCGAGCUUUCUUAGGAUGUCACACCUGACCUGAUCAGGAUUCAUCAGGAGCCCUUGUGUUUAACAGGAGAAUGAGGAGGAGGAGGAACUGGAAAUCCUGGAAAGUUUCUCUGAAGUCUCAAUGAAAGCAUCAGAAGACCCUCUUUAGUGUUUCAAUCAAUGGCUAAGAAAAGCCGUACCAAGGGCGAGAAGCCCGAAGCGCUUAUUUCUGCCUUACAGGCUGCCAAUGAAGAUCUCAGGUCCAAACUUACUGAUAUUCAGAUCGAGCUGCACCAAGAGAAAUGCAAGGUGAGCAAGUUGGAGCGCGACAAGGUGCAGGAGGUGAAGCGGGCGCGAGAGCAGGAGCAGCAUCGGCACACCGCCAUGCUAACGGAGCAGCGCGCCAAGUGGCACGAGGAAAAGCAAAAGGAGCUGCAGGCGCUCAGGGAGAACCUGACCCGGCAGCAUGAGCAGGAGCUGGCCCGCCACGCCAAAAUCAAAGAUCAGGAGAAUCAGAGGCUGAAAGCGGCCCUCAACGCCAUGCGGGACGGCAGUGGGGAAAAGGUGCGCACGGCACUGACUCUUGAAGCCAAAGAGGACGCGCGCCGCUUCUUUGACCAGGAGAGAGUGAAGCUCCUGCAGGAAAUAGUGGAGCUGAAGAAUGCCAAGAAGCAGACGGAUGAAGCUCUGAGCAACAUGAUCCAGGCAGACAAGAUGAAGGCCGGAGACCUGCGGGUGGAGCACCAGCAGCAUCAGGAGCAAAUCUCCAAGAUCAAGUGGGACUGUGAGAAGGACAUCCGCAGACUGGUUGAUGAAAUCAAAUCCAAAGACCGCACCAUUUUUGCUCUAGAGAAGGAGUUGGAGUCGACAGCGGGCUGCCUACAGAAGCUGCAGCUUCAGAAGGACGCCUUGGAUGAACAACUGUUCCUCGUCAAGGAGGCUGAGUGCGGCUUGGGAAGUCCGAAACGCGAGAUUCCAGGCAGAGCUGGAGACGGRGCAGAGCACUGUGGGAGUCCUGACAUGAGGAGAAAUCAGAGGCGAGUUGCUGAACUCAACUCAACCAUUCGCAAAUUAGAGGACCGCAACGCUCUGCUGGUUGAGGAGAGAAACGAACUGCUGAAGCGAGUUCGGGAGUCAGAAAAGCACUGCAAACCCCUGCUGGAUAAAAACAAGCUGCUGAAUAAAAGGAAUGAUGAUUUAACUCAGACUAUCCAGAAGCUGGAGGAGAAACUGAAGAGCCUGAUGAAGGAAAACCUUGAAAUGAAGGAGAGGAUAAGCUCCCAUCCUCCUCUGAAGAAGCUGAAGUCCCUGAAUGACCUGGACCAAGCCCACGAUGACCAGGAAAUUGCUUUUCUAAAACUUCAGGUCCUGGAGCAACAGAGUAUGAUUGAUGAGCUGACAAGAGAUCGUGAGAAACUACUUAGGAAGAAAAGGCAUAAAAGAAGUUCGAGGCCAAUAAAGAGACACAUUGUUGUAGACACAUUUUUUGGGUACGAUGAAGAGUCUAUGGAUUCUGAGACGUCCUCAGUGGCUUCAUUCCGCAUGGACAGAACCCCGGCUACUCCUGAUGAAGACAUGGGCGUGGGCAUUGCCAAUGAAGAGUCUGAGUUACGUUUCCGCCAGCUGACCCGGGAGUACCAGGCGUUACAGCGAGCCUAUGCCCUGCUGCAGGAACAGAAGGGAGGCAUGCUGGAUGCUGAGAUUGAAGCCAAGGCUCAUGAACAACUUCAAGCAGAUGUUCUCAGGUAYAAAGCCAAAAUAGAGGAUUUGGAGAAAGAACUAACCUUGAAGGGACAGGACUCCAAAUGGGUUGAGGAGAAGCAGCUGUUCUUACGGAGGAAUCAGGAGUUGUUGGAAAAGGUGGAAAAGUUAGAGUCGGACUGCAGCCGGCUUCAGCAGGAGCUGCAAGACUCCAGAGACCAAAAUGAACUGUUAGAGUUCAGGAUAUUAGAGCUGGAGGAGCGUGAAAGAAGAUCCCCUCCGUUCAACCAUCUGAGGAUGCAUCCAUUCUCUGAAGGAGUCAGCGCACUGCAGAUCUACUGUAUGAAGGAAGGGGUCAAGGACGUGUGCAUACCAGACCUCAUCAAACUACUAGACAUCCUCGGAGACAACGGGAACUUGAGGAAUGAGGAGCAAGUGGCUAUUAUCCAGGCUAGCACUGUGUUGUCACUAGCAGAAAAGUGGAUCCAGCAGAUAGAAGGGACCGAAGCAGCGCUUCAUCAGAAGAUGAUGGACCUGGAGAUUGAGAUGGAAAUGUUCUGUAAACAGAAAGGAUACCUGGAAGAAGAGCUGGACUACAGAAAACAGGCUCUGGAUCAAGCCUACAUGCAAAUCCAGGAGUUGGAAGCGACUUUAUACAACGCUCUGCAGCAGGACAAGGUGAUAAAAUAUGAUGAGCCUCUGAAUGAGCUUCAGAAGGAUGAGCUGCGAAUGGCGGUGGAGAAGCUUCGGAGGCAGAUGCUGAGGAAGAGUCGAGAGUAYGACUGCCAGAUCCUCCAGGAGAGGAUGGAGCUGCUGCACCAGGCCCACCAGAGGAUUCGUGAUCUUGAGGACAAGACAGAAAUCCAAAGGAGGCAGAUUAAAGACUUAGAGGAAAAGGUCUUGUGUACGCUUGGAGAUCCUGUUUGGGACUUGGAUGUUAUUUACAUGUUGGACAGGCUGGAGACGGUGGCGUGCGUAGCGGUGACUGUUUGUGUCAUUCCACCAGUGACUCCUAAUGCUGCUCACGUCACUUGUUACUUUUAUGGUUAUCUUUUAUUUAAUAAAAAACAGUGGUUGAAAUGUUCAGAAUGCUGCCCAGGAUGAGCUGUUCUUGAGUUAAAAUUGGACACUAAAUGGUUUUCCAAACAUCUGGGAAUAAUGCUGCGAGAACGGCAUCUAUUAGAAACACACAAGCGUGCACAGAUAUACUAACACACAGUUUAUAAGCGUGCAUGCGUAUGCAGUUACAGACACACACACGUGCUUUGAUGAUUCCAAACCAAAGCCUGGAAGGUGUUCUCUCUGCCGUGCAGAGACGGACGUUCAGUCGCAGCAGGAACGUAAACAGGAAACUCUUAAGCAACGCUGAGGACAAACAACAAACCCACAGCCUCGCCACGUUUCCUUCACCCAUCUUUAUCAUCCCAAUUGGAGAGAGUUUUCUUGAUGAUUGCAACCACUUCAAAAAGCGAGCAAACUCAGGGCCCAUGAGUGCAGAGGCUGACGGCGCAAUGCCUCAGCUCAGAUAACAAUAAGGAACGUUUGGGACCCGGCGUCCCUCCUCCUCCUGGCCUGUCGUCACCGCUCCCAAAAUGGUGCUGACACACACUCACUGCUUGUGCUCACCCGGACGUCACGCUUGAAAUCAAAAGACAGAGCUGUGCUGCAGACACCGGUGUGGACGGAUUCUACAGAGGGACCACGGACACUCAGGUUGACACGUCAUCACUGGACUCGGAUAGUAGACUUUCAGCAAAGAGAGAGAAGAAAAAAAACAAAGAAAAGUUUGUAGAAAAUAACACUCUGAUCUGAUCCAUGUUAGCCUUGAUCUCUAAGAAAAAAAAUACACAUUAUUAAACUGCUCCAAAAUGUUUCUGAAAAGCCAGCAGAUUUGAAGAAUCUGAUUCUGGUCGUUUGUUUUUAACUGUUCCCACCUCUCAGACACUGUUUCCCAAGAUUUCCAGAGGGGAAACGUAAAUAUUCUGUAUUGUAAUAUAUGCAUUGUUGAUAUGUACAGGAAUCUGAAUUAUUUCUUGUAGUCUCCUCUAUAUAUUUAAUGUGAAUAGUAGUACUUCCUUCUUUUUUUUUACCCUCUGAAGCAGCUUGAACAGUUAUUGUACUUGGCAGUUUAUAAAUGGUAUGAAUUGCUUGGGUUUUUGUGGUGAUAGCUGCAAAAAAAGGAGAUUUAUUCCCUUGAAAUUUUAUAACUAAAAAACACUAUUGGAAUAUGAUAUGGAAAAGCUAAAUAUUUAACCCAUUUUUUUUAUUUUAUCUUCCCUUUACAACACAUUCUGAAUAUUCUAAACUGUUUAACAAGGAGUUGACACUUAUUUCACUGUUUUGCUCUUCAAAGUUGUCAAAUUUGGCCCCAAACCAAACCUGGUUGUAUUGUCUGUUAUUGUUCUUAAAUUUUUAUCAUUUCAAAUAACAGGUAAAGUGAAAAUGCAUAUGAAUAUUGCAGGUUCUCUGACUUUCCUGCUAUCUUUUACUAACCAAAACUGUCUGAUGCUAACAACUUCCUUUCACUAAACAGUUAACAGCCAUGCAGGGGUCCGUUUCAGCUGAAUGUAACAGGAGAAAGUGAAUGCAACGCUACACCUGCUUCCCUUCUCUGUGUGAAGCCAACUCUACCCAUAAACUGAAAUAUUUACAAGCUGCUCUGUGUUUCUGAGCAGGAGUAAAGGAAUCUGCCAUCACUCCGACCUCAUGGCUCUAUCGUCAUCAUCACAUCCCGCUCAGUCAUAACAGACYACCCUGUUCACCCCAGAUUAUCAGGAAGAACCAUAUUCUUGUCCUAACCUCUACCUUUAAUGAACUUAUCUUCAUUCUGCGUCCUUAAAUGUGUCACAGAUUAAAUAUAUUAAUUUACUACAUCAUUUUCACCAUCGCUUGUCUUCCAACAAUAAAAUCUCACUUUAUUCCA